UGCUACAGCUGACAGCUGUUUGACAUUUGAUUUGGUUAUUUAUUUUGUGUUAAAAAUGUACUGAUGUGUUUUUUAAUAAUAUAAUAAUUGUCUAAACAAUAUGGAGUCCCAUUCGGAAAUAAUAAACGGAGAUGAUGAAUCAUCCUCCAUGCUAAACGAUGACUCCAACAAAUUAGACACAAAUUCGUCCGAAUUCAUAAGUUCCGAAGAGAAUGAGGAUACAAGAUCGGAACUCAAAUUUGAUGCAGUAUUGGAGAGUGCCGAGGAGAAAAGUAAACGUUUACAAAUUGAGGAGGUGUUGAAAAGUGGUGAUUCCGUCCUGGAAACAUGGAGACGGCUAGCGCUCAGCAGAUACGGGCUUGUUAAUGAUGAUUUAAGACGACAAGUGUGGCCUUUACUUUUAAAUGUUGACCCUGAUCCCUCAGAGAAGGCACCUUUAUUAUCGGAGUUGUCGCAACAUAGUGAAUACAGUCAAGUUGUUUUAGAUGUAAAUCGCUCACUCAAACGAUUUCCCCCAGGCAUUCCGUACAGGCAGAGACUUGCUUUGCAAGACCAACUAACAGUUUUAAUACUGCGAGUCAUAAUGAAGUAUCCCCAUUUACGCUAUUAUCAGGGUUACCACGAUGUCGCAAUUACAUUCCUUUUGGUAGUCGGAGAAACUGUUGCAUUUAGAAUCAUGGAAAGAUUAAGUACUGAUCAUUUACGCGAGUGUAUGGAACCGACAAUGGAAAAGACCUCCUACACUUUAACUUAUAUUUACCCUAUUCUGCAGAGGGAAGAUCUGGAUUUGUACGAAUUUAUGGAUAGAGCAAUGGUCGGCACAAUGUUCGCACUACCAUGGUAUUUAACAUGGUUCGGCCACAGUUUAAAUCAAUAUAGGGACGUCGUGAGGUUAUACGAUUAUUUCCUAGCUUCCCCACCUCUAAUGCCCCUAUAUGUAACAGCAUCUUUAGUUAUUGAUAGACGACAGGAGGUUUUCGAUGUCGGAUGCGAUAUGGCGAGCAUUCACUGCUUGCUGUCACAGAUACCAGACAACUUAGAUUUCGAGUCCAUACUCGAGCGCGCUUCUGAUUUGUACAAGAAGUAUCCGCCUUCCAAGUUGGAAAAGGAUGUCAAAAAUCGUGUGCAGAAAGAACUAGAGCAGAGAAGGAAAGAUGAGGCGAGAAUACGUAGAAGACUUGACAAGAACAAAGCGACUUGGGUAAAAAUGCGCCAUUAUUUACCCAAUUGGUUGUUACUGCACUAUCGAAACAAAUAUGGAUUAUUAUUCGCCACCGCUACACUGUUGGUCGGUUUGUAUGCCUAUCUACGAGCCACUGAAACCGGAUUUAGCCUAUUCAAACAAGGGCCGUGGAACAUUUGACAAUUACCCAUUUCCUAUCAUGCCAAAGCAAUGAUACGUAGGCGAUUUUACACUAUUUUUUAAUGAGGGUUUUAUUUAUUUAUCUUUUUUUGGCUGUUUAUUUAUAAUUAGAAGCAUUUAUUAGGAGUUAAGACUUGUAUAUAGUUAUUUAUUUUUGUAUAUUGUUUGAGAUAGUACCUAAAUCAAAAAAUGAUUAGAUUAUGUAAAUGCUGUACUAUUUAUAAGAAGUUUAUUGAAGCACAAUAUGGAAGUACCUAUAGCUGUUUACAUUAUUUUAGUGGGUUUUGACAAAUUUCAAGAUCGUUAUCUAGCAUUUGAUCAAGUAUAUGGUGCCAAAUUAUAAAAUCAAAUGUCUUUUGUUACAUGUAGCAAUUGAAUUUUUCCAAAAUCUAUGCAUGUAUUUGGGAUAUUUUUAUAAUUGCAAUUGUCGUUUGUGUUAAUGAUUAUAAUAUGACCCAUUCCACUGAACAUUAAUCAACUUUUGGGAUUAGUAUUGUAGGAAUUUUUUUCAGAGGGGCUGGAGUGGUGCAACAAAAACCGGGAGUCUGCAAAGUUCAUACAUAAGAAACCAAAUGCA